AUGCAUCUCAGAACUCCCAUCACUCUGGACUAUACCCUCUAUGACCUUUACUCUAUCGAUAACGAACAAGCCAACACUGUCCUGGUUUACAACCCUAUACAGACGGAAGAUAAUGGCGUCGCCUCACAGGCUAAAUUUACGUACCAGUACACGUUGCAAGACGAAAACAAGACGGCCGAGUCCUUAAAAAUGCUUUCCGCAAAACUCGUUCCUCAGCGGUACGGAUUUUCAGCUGGCAGGAUGUCCUUAGUCAUUCCAGACUUGGAUGUUCAAUGCAACGACAACAUGCAUCCCGAUUACACCGAUGUGGUUCAAAAUCUUGCCCAAUUACCGACCUUCCAACAGCCGAAUGUGGGAUUUGAGAAAGACCUGAAGAGCUUAAGCCUCAGGCCUGGGGCCCACAUUGCAGUGAUGUUCCCUGCCGACUGUCUUUUGCACCUACCACAUAUCGUUGACCCCAGUAUUCACUUCGAAAUACUGUCCAAACGCGGUCUGGCCCUAUCUGGACUUCCAACACCGGUAUCCAAGGUCAUUGAUACUAUCCUAAGCCCCUCUGACGUACACGAUCCGGAUUUACGAAGGAGCGAAGUUGCACGAAUGACCUACCAGAUUGAGAAACAACCUUUGCCAUUUUUUGUUAAGCUCCCUCAAACGGUCUCUGGAGUUGGGGUCUUUGAAGUUCUCACGGAUACCGAUCGAACGCGGGUGAAGGCGAUUCUUGAUAGGCAUUUGGGAGACAUGCUUCGGCGAAUCAAUGACUUAAACUACGAUAUACAUCCUUGUUCAUUGGUCCUCCAGGAGCACAUUCGUGGCACCGUAAUGGCCCUGUCGAUGUUUGUCACAAAGAAAGGACGACCGAUUUUCAUAGCAUGCUGCAAGCAGCGAUUUGACGAGGACCACCAUUGGACUGGAGGCACAAUAUCCUACAAACAGCAAAGACAUCUUGAAAAAUUUUAUGCCAAUACCGUGUACAAAGUGGCGGAAUUUCUACACCGCAAAGGCUAUUACGGACCGGCUGGGAUAGACGUCAUAACGGACCAAGGUGGGAACAACUAUGUCGUCGAUCUCAACGUUCGAAUUACUGGCACAUACCACUUAGGGCUUCUUGGUGGACAUUUUGUUCAGAGGGGACUAUUCGAGGUUACUAUGGUUACAAGAUACUUUGAUUGUUUUCGGACUACCUUCGAAGAAACCUUUGCAAAGGAAAUACAAAAUGGCAGCCUUAUAAUCAGCGGGUGGGUACACGACGAGCUGACGGGACACAGCUGUGCUGCAAUAAACGUGGGAGGGAGAGACUCCUUGAGAAUGGAGCAAACGCUAAACAAAGUUAAAGCUUUUGCUCUCCCUGAUUAG